CCAGAGAGCCAUUGAAAUCACACGUGUAUUUAGCUCUCAGAAUUAACGUAGUUUUAGUUGGAUAUAGAGCAGUAUAGAAAAUGAAAAUGGAUGUACAGUCUCAGCAAAACAAUUCUGUCAACGGUGUGGAUGAUCAUCAAGACCCAGGGAAAAUGUUCGUAGGUGGCCUAAGCUGGCAGACUACCCCAGAGGGUUUGAGGGAACACUUCGCUAAGUAUGGAGAAAUUUCCGAAUGUAUGGUGAUGAGGGACCCAAUUACAAAGCGAUCCAGGGGAUUCGGCUUUGUGACCUUCACAGAUGUAGACAGUGUAGACAAGGUCUUAGCUAAUGGACCACAUGAACUAGAUCAAAAAGUGGUAGACCCCAAAGUUGCAUUUCCAAGACGUCCCAAUGCACAGCAAGCGGCAAAGGUAACGAGAACCAAGAAGAUAUUUAUUGGAGGACUCUCUGCCUCAACCACCAUUGAAGAUGUCAAAGCAUACUUCGGCCAGUUUGGAAAGAUUGAAGAUGCAAUGCUGAUGUUUGACAAAGCAACACAAAGACACAGAGGAUUCGCCUUUGUGACGUUUGAAACAGAAGACAUAGUAGAAAAGGUUACAGAAAUACACUUUCACGAAAUAAACACAAAAAUGGUCGAAGUAAAGAAAGCCCAACCAAAAGAGGUGCUUUGUCCACAGGGUACAACACAAAUGAGAGAACUCGCUGCUCUUUCAGGUCUCCCCUUCCCAGGGUUCCCAGCAUACGCCUAUGGUCGGGCGGGAGGAUUCGCCUAUGCACCAGGAUAUUACUUUCCAGUUGGCUACCCUGGGGCAUCAACCACACCCAAUAUGGGACUAAUGCAACAGACUGCAACCGCCCCCAUAGAUGCUGUCCGCCAGGCAGCGGCUGUCUCAGCCGGUGCAGCUUAUUACGCCGAUUUGGCCCCCCAACAGAAUCUUUUCCCAGCAGGCCAGGGCACGACUAAUGCCCUCGUUGCAAGAACCGAACCCUCCCCCAUAACUGCGGUCUCAAGCAUGGCUAUUCGAGAUCAAUAUUCACAGCGCUCGGCAGCUGCAGCCGCUGAUCUGACUUCCCUUGCAGUUAUGAACAGUUACGGAGCUCCAACUGGUUAUGGAGGCCCCACAUCGCCCGGCAACAACCGAUCCAUCGCACAAAACAGCCCCGCAGGAUUUGAUCUGUACAAUUCCUCCGACAUUUCAUCAGGUUAUGUGCAGGCAAGCAGUCCACAACCAUCCGGGUUCCCAACCUCUUUAGCUGCUGGAUUUGGGGGCCAGUCAACUGGGGCAUUCGCACGUAACUUUUAAUGGAGCCAUGAUAUAUAGGAACCAAUGCAGAUACGAUAAACUACAAACUAAAGCAAUCUCGAUAAUAUUAAUAAUAAUGCCCCAGACCUGAUUUAAUAAUCAUAUAGGACUUGGGGAUUCGUCCAAAAGGAGGCUGAGUGUAAUAAAGAAAUAAAUGUACAAUAUUUGAUUAAUGCGAGGGAUUGUGUUCCCGAUCCAGAUCUGCCGAGGCUCUCAGUCGGUGUAUAUUGACGAUAUAUAAACUAUAUGUAUACACGAAACUAUGUACAUGUUAUCUAUAUACAAAGGAGGUUUCACUAGCUCGCUGGAGAGGCAUAUUUCAGAAACCAAAAUGGCUGGGUAUUUUACCCGGACCAAGCUGUAUAAAUAUUGUAGUCUUAGUAGUAGUUUUUGCUGUGUAGUGAUGUAGACUAGAUGUAAUCUCUUCUAAGCAUUUUCGAACAAAGGGGUAUCUUCUCUCUAAUGCUUUAUAUAUAGCGAUGCAACGAAAACCGGAACAAAGUAAAACCAAUUUUUUAGCUUAGUUCUUCAUUGAUUUCUACAACUGGCUGAAUUUUCUCAGCUACAGUAUAUGUAUAGUGUUUUUUGAGGUCCUCUUUUUUCAUAAUUCAAUCAGUACCUAGAAUUCUCAUGAUGUUGUCAUAACAACUUACAAAACAAUGUCUCAUUAGCCUACAAUGAUUAUUUUAUUUUACCUCCUUUUUUGAAGAGUUCUACAAGUUAGAUAAGAUGAGUAGAAGACAGUGUAGAUUUACAUUUAGCAUCGAAAUAUGAAGAAAUCAUGGUGAAAUGCUACAAAAGUUACCUCCUUUUGGGGGCGUUUAUGGUGGCCAUACUUAUUCGUGGCUUGUCCACACAACAUAUAAAAGCAAUAUAAACAUUGUAUCUAUAUUGUAAAUUUGGAGAAUCAUAUACAUCUCCGUUUUAUGGUAUAUAUUUUGUGUAUUGGAAUAUUGUAUUCGCAACUUGUACGUUGACUGCAAGUUUAUUGCCCGCGCUGGUCACAAUUUGAUCCUCGAAUAAAUUGUAUCGGUGGGCUUGUUUUCAAAACUUGGAAUUAGUGAGGAAUAUGUGUAGAAAUUCCUACUUACGGUGUGUAAUACUGGCACCUAUCAGUUUUGAAAUGAGAUUGCCACCUUUCAGUAUAUUUGAAGGGCAUAUUACGCUGCGGACAAUUACACUUAAAAUGGCUGGAAUUUAGUACCAAUGUUAAUAUAUAGAGGGAGUCUGUAGUAUAUUGUCGCACAAUUUCUCUAGGUUUAUCACAGUAGGGUUUUUAACACAAAUGUACUUAGGAAAAACAAUGUUUUUGUAAAUUUUUGAUGAGAUGGCUAUACUGUACAUUAUCUAUUCAUUGUUAUUUAUUACUGUUUUGUAUAUAUAUAUAUACAGGAGAACUUAGAAGAUAACAUCUGUGAACUUGAAAAGUUACAAGAGGUCUUGCUUGCUAUUUUAACCCAGUUUACUAUUGUAGUUUUAUGUCUUGUCAUGACAGGAUUAGAUAUGCCAAAUGACGUUUUCUUGUCAUGAAAGCCAAAAUGGACGCCAAACACAAGAAAAUAUCAAAUUUUCAUCUGGCUUGUCAUGGCAAGGUAUUCUUACAUUUUAACAAAGCUAUUUUUAUAUAGGAUGGGAAGUUGUGCGAGGCUGUAUUGCGACCUUUUAGUGUAAAGUUAGGACAAAUGAUGAUGUACACAGUGUAAAAAGUUCACAACAUAUAUAGUAUAUACUAACAUAUAUUGAGCAUAUAUUUAUGCCCGAUCAUUAUGCAUCAUAAUAUUUACUUCUUCAUCAAUCGCAUAACUUAUCUGGUUAUUUAUAAUAUUAUUUUAAAUUAAGUAAAUGGGUUAAAGGUGAUGUGAGAUUUUGAACAAAUGUUUUUCCUCUUUUUGCAUUGUUCAGAGAGCAUAUUUGUUAUGUACAGAAACUAAGCUUAAAGUGUACAGUAUAGGGUAGCUAUAGUGUUAGGUUUAGGUAGGGCAAUUAUGAGCAUCAUGGCCAGGAAUAAUCCAAGACUCACAUAUGGCGUAAAAGAAUUCCAUUUAGCCCCAACGGUGGAUCAGUUAAAACAAGACAUUGGUUUUGAAGAAAUCGUCAUGUUACGUUAUUGUUUGACUGUAAGGCCCGAUUGUACAACGAGUCUGCCUAUGUGUCGGGAAUUUUUGUCUGGCUCAAUCACUGCUAUGAGAUUUUACGUUUGGGGUGAAACCCAAGCAAUCAUUUUGUUGUUUUCACAUCCCAUUCUAGAUUCAAGGGG